GCAAAAAAUAAAGAGAAAACAGAAAAUUGCAAAAAAACCUUCCACCUUGCAGGCAAAUUAUCUAUUCUUCGUCAUAAAAUUUGUUUUCACCACUCAAUUCGUUAUCUCCGUGUAUGCCAUUAUUUCCAACUUCUUUAAAAAAAAUCAUAAAAGUAAGCAAUCAAUUAAUUUUAUUCCUCAGUUCUAAACUGCAAUUGUAUUCGUGUCGUUCGGAGGCAGUGAGUGAUUCUCUUCAACGCAACCGUUCGCCGUGAAAUGUUUCCUCGUCUUCCAAUAUCAAGCCAAAUAUAAUUACAAAUUUAUUAAAUCAAUAUGAAGCAACAUUUAGUAAGUUCCACUAUUCUAAUAGUUGUAGUAUUUGCAUUUAUUCCACUUACUCAUUCGGGUGUUCCACAAAGUCGCUAUGAAGCUAUUAUGAAACGGGAAGCUAUUUCCACUCUUGGUCUAUACAAUUCCACUGACAAAGUCAAUGUUCUUAAUGACACCAACUUCAAAUCGAAUGUUGUUGGUCAGAAUCAUGCUUCUUUGGUUGAGUUUUAUAAUUCGUAUUGUGGACAUUGCAAACGUUUUGCUCCCGUCUACAAAGAACUUGCAGAAGAUUGUUACAAGUGGAGAGAUUUUCUUAAGGUUCAAGCUAUUGAUUGUGCCGCUGAAGAAAACAAUGAUAUUUGUAGAGAGUAUGAAGUAAUGGCUUAUCCAACAAUGAGAUAUUUUGGUCCCAAAUAUGAACCAAGUGAAGGCAAUUAUGGAACUCCAAUUGAGACUCAAAAUCCUGACGAAAUUAAGAAAAAAGUUUCGGAUUUGGUGAUGAAUGAGACAGCUCCAACUGACAAUUGGCCUAACUUCUCUAAUCUAACAGAGGAAGAGGCUCCAAAUGUAUUCCAAGAGCUUCCACAACAAGUUUAUUAUGUUGUUCUUAUUUUGACCACAGACGAUGAUUUGUCCAAUAUUGCCGCUCAGACAAUUUUGAAUUUCAAUCGUUAUCCCCAGAUGCAAAUCCGGCGGAUAACCGAUGAGAAGUUGGGUGAGCAAUUUCAUAUUAAUCAGACAAGUCGAAUGUGUGCUUUGGAUCGGAAUAUGAAUAUGGAAGCGAUUCCAGUUCAGGAAAACACUCCCAAGGCUUAUAAAGAGUCUGUGGAGCAUUUUGCCAAGAUGAAAAAGCUGGUCGAGAAACCAGAUGCUCCUACACCGAGUCCCGAAAAACAGAACACUCUGAUUGAUGAAGAGAUUAAAGAGGAACAACAACAAGAUAAAGAAAUCAUUGACGAAGUCAAGCGAAACAAGCACAUGACUUACCAAGCUGAUUUAGAACAAGCUAUUCGUCACAUAUUGAAUAACGAAAUUCCUAGAAUCAAUGAAAUCUCUGGGGAACGUCUAUUAGCCUUGCAACGCAUAAUGAAUGUCCUUCAACGAUACAAUCCUCUUGGUCGUUCUGGACAAACUAUGGUCAAUAAGCUUCAGGAAUACGUAGCUGAAAAUAACCAAGGAAUAGCUGGCAAAGAUUUCGAAAAUAUGGUUCAUAAGCUUGAGAUUGAAUUGCCACCAGUUUAUUCAUCAAGUCGAUAUGUCGGCUGUACUGGAUCGAAACCAAAUUUGCGAGGAUUUACUUGCAGUUUGUGGAAAUUAUUCCACUACUUGACGGCACAAGCCGCCGCCAAUGAAAAAUCAUCAGAUCCCCUUGAAGUAUUGUCGGCGAUUCAUGGCGUUGUUAAGUAUUUCUUUGGCUGCACAGAUUGUUCGGAACAUUUUCAGGAUAUGGCCAAGCGAAGAAAAAUAUGGAGUACUCCAUCCAAAGACGAAGCCGUUCUUUGGCUAUGGGAUGCUCAUAACGAAGUCAAUGCCCGCCUAGCUGGCGAUGACACCGAAGAUCCUCAAUUCCCAAAACUUCAAUUUCCCACUAAAGAAAGUUGUCAACUGUGCCAAAAGAAUGCCUCCAGCUCCAAUUCUCAACCUCCGGUAUGGGAUAGAGCAGCUGUAUUAAAUUUCCUUAAAAAUAUCAACAACCCAGCCUAUGUUAGUCGCUUCGGUUUAGACGACCCGAAUAUUCUUCAAGCAAGUCUUGAAAACCUUCGUCAGAAGCGUAUGGUUGGCAAUGUCUUCUCAGACAUGGAUAUGCGAAUGGGAAUGCUGUUGUAUGGUUUCUGUAUUGUCAUGAUGAUUGCUGCAUUUAAAUUAUUUGCCUUUAAGGGUUACCGGAAAAAGGCAUACGCUCAUGACUUUCUAGGAAAAGUUUAACAUUAAAUUUAUGAACAUUCUGUAGGAUUAAGUCAAAAGUGUAAAGCUGAAAAAAGACAGUCUCUAUUUCCAUUUUUUAAAUAAAACAAAUUAAAGCUCAGUCGAAAAUGAUGUAAAAAUUAUAAUUUAUUUUGUAAAUCCGAAGACAAAUGAUAAUUUUUUUUUGUUUCUGUCCUGUGUGUUUUUAAAUGUAAAUUGUAACAUCAUAUCUUAUUGUGUUUUUAUAUACUUUAAUGUUUUACUAUACAACCGAAAUGAUAUUCCAUAAUUUUUAAUAAAAAAAACUGUAUUAAACAAAAAAAAUUCAUGUUAAGAAAAUAAGACGGCUCGGUUAAGACUCAUAAGAAUCGAAACAUUUUACAAAAUAAAAAAAGGUUUAUUUACUAAUA